AUGUUGAAGAAUGGUUCUCAUAAAAAUCCAGAAGAGUCUUCAGAGGACGGCCAGGCCCAGCCUGGAGUGAUAGGCUGGCUGUCCAACGGGUUUGUCAGCGCGCUGCCGCAGCCUCCUGGCUCCCCUCGACUCAGCAGGGCCAACUCUGACGCCAGGCCGCCAGAAGAGGAUGGAGAAAGGUCUGGCGUGAUCGGUUGGGUCGCUCAGGGUCUGACCAAAGUGCUGCCUCAGCCUGAAGGCAAAUACAAAGAGGUUAUCGAGAUCCAAAACGCCGCCAAUGCCGCCGCCGCCCCCAAAGAGGAACAUACAGAGGUGUAUGAAGUGGCAACAAUGCCAGAUUUCGAUCCUCUCCCACACAUCCCGGUGGUGGAGAUGGUGUCAGAGGUCGAAGCAUCGGAAGUAGAGAGCUUGAACUCUCAGUUUCCUCCCAAUGUGGUCGACUGGAUAAAGCAUAUGAUCCCUCAACCUGUGCCCCCCGGUGGAUCCACCGAGCACCCACCCAAAACUUCCCGCUCUCUCGACAAAAUUCUGUCUCCUCCACCCGAAUCUCUCAGUGGAAUCUCACUGGACACUGACAGCAAGAGUUCUGGUGUGGUUGACUGGUUUGUGUCGGGACUGGGUUUGAAGAUGCCACAGCUUGUUAUUGCACCGAAGGAUGAAGUGGAGGGUCCAACUGAAGUCCUACAAAAAGCUUCAUCCAAACUGCAACUGGACAUGGUGCUGGAGGAUGUGGAGUCAGACAACGAGGUCCAACAGAAAUGUGAAGCUCGCACCAAAACUGCAGCGCUGACCAAAUCCAAAAGUCCUUCGAAAGUCACAGCAAAGCAGCAGCAGCAGCAGCAGCAGCAAGAAAAACAGCCGGCACAGCCCAGUCCACCGCAGCCUCAGAAGUGUAAUGAGGCCACCCUCGAAGUACCACCCGAGAGUGAAAUGAAACUACCUCAGGAAGAUGCUGAGACGCAGACGGGCCGCUGGACACCGUUUAUUGAAAGCAUCAAGAGGGAGGCUGAGGAUGUGGCCUUGGCUACCAUGGAGGAGCGUCUGAUUCAGGAGCGUAUAGAGAUGACCCGCCUGGCAGAAGAGGUGGCCAGACAGACAGCUGAGAUGGCUGUGAGGCAGAUGGCCAGUGAGGGAACAUCCAUCAAGCUUUCACUGGGAAGUCAGGAGCUGCUGGACGAACCCGAGGGAGAAUUGCCAGUGCCAGAAGAAGAUGAAGAAGAGGAAAACUGCAAUGUGGAGCCAAACGAUGACACAGAAAACGAAGAGAGUCUUCCUCAGGACGAGCAAAAAGUGGAGACUGAGGAACCUACCGACAAGGAACCAGAGCCAACGGAGGACGCAGAACCAAAGGAGAGCUCAUCCUUUCCACCAACAGAACCAGCAGAGGAACCAGCACCAAAAGAGAUCUCACCGUCUCCACCAACAGAACCAGCAGAGGAACCAGCACCAAAAGAGAUCUCACCGUCUCCAUCUGCAGAAUCGGCAGAGGAACCAGAGCCAAAGGAGAUCACAUCGUCUUCAGCUGCGAGUUCUCAACAAGAAAAGACCUCUGAGCCAGAAUCUGCAUCAGAAGAAGAACCAGAGACCAAGACCCAGGAAGAUGGUUCAGAUCCUCAGCCUGUAACCCAGCAGCCCCAGAAAGCAGAAAACAAUCAAGUUGCCCAUACUGAGAAGGAGGCGGAAGCUACUGGUGAAGGCUGCGGUGCAGGCGAUGGGGAUGGAGGGGAGGAAAACAGUGAAAUUCCUUCCACCCAGGACCCCAAAGUAACAACCCUCACUGUCCCUGUGACUCCAUCAGGAGGUCGUCAGAGUAAAGGAGACAAAGAUAGUGGGAGGAAUCACAGGACUAUCUGGACAAAGACCAAGCUGGUACAGUCUCAAAGUGAGGAUGACGAUGAUGAAGUCAGCAUCCCCGCCAGAGCCUGGCCCAGCCAGUCCAGCCUGCACAGUGGAGAUGACGCUCUCAAAGAGCGUCCGUCGUCUUCAGCCAGUCAGACCAGCGCAAUGGUCAACGAGCGACUUCAAGAACUGGUCAGGAUGUUCAAGCAGAGAACGGAGAAGGCCAAGGAGAAACUGGUGGACCUGGACAGCUCAGACGAAGACAGCGUCAUCACCUCUCCAACUCAGCCUGCUCCGGGAUCUCUGCCCCGGGACGGGGAACCGGCUGAUAAGCAGCCAGGCCCUUCAGGAGUGGAGACCGUUUCAGAGGAGGCGGUGUCCGACCGCUGCUGCAAGGUGAAAACUCCUCGAUGGAUACGAGCCUGUGCGCACUUCCGCUUCCCUGCCAGCAUCGACCCUUUCACCAACCUGAUGUAUGUGCUGUGGAUGUUUUGGGUGUCUCUGGCCUGGAACUGGAACGUGUGGCUCAUCCCCGUGCGCUGGGCCUUUCCUUACCAAACUCCAGGCAACAUUCACUACUGGCUGUUGGUCGACUACGUGUGCGACCUCAUUUACAUCCUUGACAUCAGUGUUUUCCAGCCGCGCCUGCAGUUUGUGCGUGAAGGGGACAUAGUGUGUGACAAAACAGAGAUGAGAAAGAAUUAUAUGAAAACAGUCCGAUUUAAGUUUGAUGUGAUCAGCCUUGUUCCUCUUGAGCUCUUUUAUUUCAAAGUCGGCAUCAACCCGCUGCUUCGUUUACCCAGGCUGCUGAAGAUCAACUCCUUCUUUGAAUUCAACGACCGUCUGGAGGCCAUUUUGACCAAAGCCUUCAUUUACAGGGUGAUUCGAACCACCACUUAUCUCCUCUACUGUCUCCACUGCAACGCCUGCCUCUACCACUGGACCUCGGCCUACAUAGGGAUAGGAUCAACCCAGUGGGUGUACAACGGCAUCGGGAACGGUUACAUCCGCUGUUACUACUUUGCAGUGAAAACUCUGAUCACGAUCGGAGGCCUGCCAGACCCCACCUCCCUGUCCGAGACAGUCUUUCAACUCAUCAACUAUUUUGUGGGAGUCUUUGCCUUCUCUAUUAUGAUUGGACAGAUGCGUGAUGUGGUUGGUGCAGCAACCGCAGGUCAGACCUACUACCGCACCUGCAUGGAUCACACCAUUAAAUAUAUGGCGUCUUAUCGCAUCCCAAAGGAUGUCCAGAACCGCGUCAAAACCUGGUACAACUACACCUGGCAAUCACAGGGCAUGCUGGAUGAGCAGGAGCUUCUCACUCAGCUGCCAGAUAAAAUGCGUCUGGACAUAGCUGUAGAUGUCAACUACUCCAUCGUGAGCAAAGUCCCUCUUUUUCAGGGUUGUGACCGACAGAUGAUCUUUGACAUGCUAAAGAGUUUACGUUCUGUCGUCUACCUGCCAGGGGAUUAUGUCUGCAAAAAGGGUGAAGUAGGUCGGGAGAUGUACAUCAUCAAAGCGGGGGAGGUUCAGGUGGUUGGAGGGCCUGAUGGGAGGACGGUGUUUGCCACUCUUAGAGCAGGUUCGGUGUUUGGAGAGAUAAGUUUACUUGCAGUCGGUGGGGUUAACAGGCGCACAGCCAACGUGAUCGCUCAUGGUUUCGCUAAUCUGUUCAUUCUGGACAAAAAAGAUCUAAAUGAGAUCCUGAUCCAUUAUCCUGAGUCCAAGAAGCUGCUGCGCAAGAAAGCCAGGAAGAUGCUGAACAAGGGAAAGAAACCUGAACCCAAAGAAGAAGUAAAGGAACAGCCUCCAGUGCCAGCAGCAUCUCACAGGUCAGAGACUCCCAAACUGCUCAGAGCAGCACUAGAGAUGACCGAGAGAUGCUCUGGACUUAAAGGAGCUAUGGGUAAAGUCAAAGAGAAGACCAACAAGUCCAGUAUUUCACUGCAGCCAACCAUCUCUUCCUCUCUACCUCCACCAUCUCCCACGGCCAGUGUUGGACUUGACAGAGACAGAGACAGAGAUUCGCCGUCGUCCACCUCUGCCAGUUCCACAGCACUUCGCUCUGCAUCCCGUUGCAGAAACACUGUAGUGCCUCCGUCUGCGAUACAGCUCCACUGUGACACGACUGAAAAAGAUGAUGCCAGUGAGGAUGAUGAAUGAGAGUGUAACGAAGACAGAGAAGACUUUGUGAUCAUUUUCUAGAGUGAUAAGAGUAGGAUUGUUUGAGGAGCCACAAGGGGAACAAAGACGAGUCAUGAGGGUGGAAAUGGACAUAAAACUGAAACAUUCUGUCUCUGUUUGAACCUGAGAAAGUAAAGACAAGCAGGGGGACGAUCCCUCAAAGAACAAGGAGAUUUGAAUGAAUAAAUGACACUAAAAUGAGAGUAAAACAUCCGAGGGGCAGAUCAUGUAAAUGGUGAUGCAUAAAGCAAAUGUUGUCAUAAUUAACUCAGAUCAGCCAUUCUUACAAAAAUGAGCUUCUGUUGUUUUGCAACAUACAAAAUAAGAAACUGUUUUUGUUGUUGUUGUUUGUUAAAUGUUUACAGAUUAUUUUAUAAUCCUAAAUGAAUAACUUGCCUUAUUUUUCUUUUUUUGACUUUAACUGCUGGUUUGAAAAACAGCUGAGACUUUGUAAAGUUACCUUCACUUAUAUUUAUAAUGUACAUAUUAUAUGUUAGCAGCUUAGUGUAAGACAACCACAAAUGUUUUAUAUUGAUAUUCCUUUGGCUGUUGUUUGCAGCUAAUAGCAAGCUGGACACCAUUCACGCAAAAUACUGCACUGUACAAUACUAUUCAGUCAAAUGUAACUCAUUCAUUGACAUUGCUUUACAUUUGUACUACUGUUGAUUUCAUCUUCCUGCUCUCUGCUCUCCAUAUACAUGUACAUUUAUCAGGCAAAUUUAGAUCAAAUUGAUUUCAUUUGUAUGUACAUAUUGUAGAAAUAUGUGCAUUUUUAUUUAAAUAAAUACAUUUUAUCAUCUAUUUAAUGAUGAGUAUGGUUUGGGUUAUUUUGAGGUUUCGGAAAAAGAAGCACGACUGACUAACUGAGAUGCAGGUGUGCCACCUACUUGUUCUCCUUUAAGACGCAAACCGGUUGCUCUUUUACACAGCUAACCGCAGUCAAGUGUUGAUCUCUUCCCCCGUGAAGAAAUCAGG